ACCGACUUCUUCAAUUUUUGCUAUACAAAACCCACAACCCCCACUGCUCUUCUCAUCAUCUCUUCUUGAUUGUCUUCACUAUAUUAAUAAUAAUGUAAAGUUCCUCUCAGCAACUUAUAUAAUUGUGAUCAUCUUGGGAAGAAUCAUAUAUCGUCAUGGAAGCACAACAACACCGCCCUUCACAUGCCCAUCCUCCUCCUCCUCCACAGAUGGUGGAGGGUGAUCCAGGAGGGCAGCAGCACCAUCAUCAUGAGAAGAAAUCCGUGCUCAAGAAAGUUAAGGAUAAGGCCAAGAAAAUCAAGGAUACCCUCAAGAAGCACGGCCACGGCCACGGCCACGGCCAAGUUGAUCAUCAGGGCGGGGUUAAUCGUGAACAAGGGUAUCAUGAGGAAGAUAAGCAACAAGUAAUGGUGGAUGAUCCAGAAGUCCAUGGUGCACCAAUGUAUGAAUCUAGUGCUAUCAGGAGCAGAGAUAUACCAAAGGAAGCCAGCAUCGAUCUACAAAAGCCAACAGAUACGCCGACUGAUAGAUUUGAUCACAAUGUAAGGGACGAAGGAAUAACUAGGCCUUCUGCUCCUGGCCAAAUAGGGUCUGAAUAUGGCCGGCAGGCAGCCAUGGAGGCCCAUGCGCCUGAAAACAAGAGUACCCCCCUCCCGACUAUCCGGGAAGCAGUGGACACAAAGAAGCCGGGUGCCAAUGAAUCAAAGGUUAAAAUUGGGCAGACAAUGGGCUUAGAAGAGGAUCCCCAUUCCACUAAGACGACUCGUGCAGCUGAAAUUCCACCCUCGAAUUAUCAGUCCAAAGUCACUGAUCCUACAGGAGCUGGCGGCAAAGAAGCAGAUGUUGCUCGUCAGUUCAACAAUCUGAAUGUUCAUGAUGCAUCGGCUGUUUCAAAACCUGUGGCUGGACAGGCAGGUAGCGGUGGUCCGCUCACUCCACCACCACCGAAACCGACUCUAAACCAAUUCGAUCGAGAUCGAGAACUGAAGGGAAAAACUCAAGAUCCUGCCAUGUCUGAAGACUUGCCCCAGGAAACUUUUACUGGGAAAAUAUCGUCGACCGGUGCUGUUAUUGCUGAUAAGGCUGUGUCCGCCAAGAAUGCGGUUGCGUCGAAGCUAGGAUAUGACGGUACUAGUGGCCAAGAAGGGCAGGAAUAUUCUUCUGGAAAACCUGCAUCAGAACUAGUUACGGAUUACGCGCACAAAGUAGUAGAGACACUAGCUCCAGUCUACGAGAAAGUCGCGGGCGCCGGCACUGUAGUGAUGUCCAAAGUCCACGGCAGCACUGGGGAAGACAAACACAAAGAAGGGGCUGAUAAAGGGGUGGCCACGACGGACUACUUGGCUGAGAAAUUGAGGCCUGGAGACGAAGAUAAGGCGUUGUCGGAGGUGAUCACCGAAGCAUUUCACAAGAAAAAAGACGCAGGGGAGAAGCAUCCGGUUGGAAAGGUGACGGAGUCGGAAGAGGUGGCUGCACGAUUAGGGACGGGUGCGGAAACUAAGAGGGAAGGUGACGACGCAUUGGCUGCCGGGGCAGAGAGUUCCGGUCAAAGCGUGACAGAUAGGGUGAAAGACGCAGUUGGGUCGUGGCUUGGGAAGAGUACUGGAAUACAGACGGCUCAGGACUCGAUUGCCGGAUCAUUUGUGAGCGAUGCAGGCUCAGGUGGAAGGGGAGUUGGAGGAGGCGAGGAAGCUACUAGCGGCCAGCAGAGGAAUGUGGGAAGUUGAUUGAGCACAUACAUGUGGAGGCUAAGGUAGAACAAGAAGUUUGGACAUAGUUUAUAAUUUGAAUGAGUGGGGUUGGUUUAAUUUGGGAGGAGUGAGUUUGAUUUCAUGUGUGUUUGUUUAAUGGUGGAUGAAGAGAUGUUAGUGAGUGAGACUUUGUUCAUAACUAAUGAUACUUUGGUCGACUGAAUAUGGGUUUGAUAUAAGUGAACAAGUGGUGGACUGACAGCUUAGGGGAAUGCUUGGGAGGAUAUGGGCGUCAUGUGGAUGUAAUAAAGAUGAACCUUAGCAAUGAAAGAGUUUACAAUAUUAAUCCCAUUUGCCCCUCAAUCCGAUGUGGGCGAAAUUGAGAAACAAAGAAAAUGAGAUGGUUGUCUUUGAACAAGAAUAUUUAAGGAAGGAGAGAGAGAGUUGUAUGUAGGCAACAGGCAUACCUUGCCAAAGUCUUGACAUGAACGUACAAAUUGUUGUUUUGAA